CGUGAUUUUCCAACUAACUUACGAACAUACUCAUACCAUGUCACUCUCUGAUUAAAAAUAAUUCUAAAAGAAAUAAAGAAAACAAAAAUGGAAACCCCUUUGAGUAAUAAGGGUUUAUUCUUUAAACCACGCAAAUUCAGAUAUACACAUAUAAAUAUGAGUUAACCUUCAAACAUUGCAGAAACUUCUCAAUUUGUUCUUAAUGUUCUUGUGAAAAUCCUCUUCGAAAACCGCAUUACUCUUUUACUUCAAUCUAUUUCGUUUCGGACCUGUGGGAUUCUCUCUGUUUCUCACAGACAAUCACCAUGAAUGCUCUCGCUGCAACGACUAGGAACUUCCGUCAUGCUUGUCGUCUGAUUAACGUAGAUCAAAAGCUCGAGAUGAGUCUCUUGAUCCCUUUUAGAGAAAUCAAGGUGGAGUGCUCAAUCCCGAUGGAUGAUGGAUCAUUGGUUUCUUAUAUUGGAUUUAGAGUUCAACAUGAUAAUUCUCGUGGUCCGAUGAAAGGAGGAAUCAGAUAUCAUCCUAAGGUUAACCUUGACGAGGUCAACGCCUUGGCUCAACUAAUGACCUGGAAAACUGCUGUGAUGGACCUUCCUUACGGUGGAGCAAAGGGUGGGAUCGCAUGCACACCUAAGAACUUAACCAAGUCUGAGCUUGAACGUAUGACACGUGUCUUCACACAAAAACUUCAAGAUCUCAUCGGAACAAACAUCGACGUUCCCGCUCCAGAUAUGGGCACCAAUUCUCAGACUAUGGCUUGGAUUCUGGAUGAGUAUUCGAAAUUCCAUGGUUAUUCACCAGCUUGUGUCACCGGAAAGCCACUGGAACUUGGUGGGUCCCUUGGAAGAGAGUCUGCAACUGGGUAUGGUGUAGUUAUUUCCACGGAAGCGUUACUUAACGAACAUGGGAAGUCGAUCAAAGAUUCAACUUUUGUUAUUCAGGGUUUUGGGAAUGUGGGGUCUUGGGCUGCAAGGAUGAUUCACGAAAAAGGUGGGAAGAUUGUUGCAUUGAGUGACAUCACUGGAGCUAUAAAGAACCCAAAUGGUAUCGAUAUAGUGGAAUUGUUCAAACAUAGAGAGACAGGGGGGGACUUAAGCGAUUUCAAUGGAGGAGAAACCAUGGAUCCUGAUGAAUUGCUAUUUCAGCAAUGUGAUGUUCUGAUUCCAUGUGCCUUAGGUGGUGUUAUCACCAGUGGAAAUGCUGACGAUAUUAAAGCCCAGUUCAUCAUAGAAGCUGCAAAUCAUCCUACUGAUCCUGAAGCAGAUGAGGUUCUGUAUAACAAAGGCGUUAUAAUACUUCCAGAUAUCUAUGCAAAUGCUGGAGGUGUGACUGUUAGCUACUUUGAGUGGGUUCAGAAUAUUCAGGGGUUUAUGUGGGAGGAAAAGGUGGUGAAUAAAUUCUUGAUACAAUACAUGAGGCAAGCUUUCCGUGACAUCAAGGACAUGUGUCACACCCACAAUUGCAGCCUUAGGAUGGGAGCAUUCGCAUUGGGAGUGGAGAGGGUUGCACGUGCUACCAUCUUAAGAGGAUGGGAGGCUUAGAUUCAAUAAGACUUGCUUUUUGAGUUUCCCUUUGAAAGUUUGUUUGGUUUUAACUGUUUUUCCAUUUACAAAUAAUAACUCCUCAUCAGAACUUGAAUUCCUUGCUUUCAUUCUGAUACAUACUGUGAUGUGAUGUGAUGUGAUGUGAAUCACACAAACACACUAUUACAUAAUUGGAGUAAUACACAUAACAUUUGGUGGUCAUUUUUGGGUUAACUGCUUUGCUUUUCAAGUCCUUCUAUAUAUGAG